UGCGGUCGCGGUGGAGUCUCGGCAGCUCCCGCUGUCCACGGCGGCUCCCGCGGUUCCCGCAGCGGCGCCGUUCUCAGCCCGCGCGCCGCCCCGACGCAGGGCUCGGGCGGCUCCCGCCGCGGCGCAGCUCCCCCGCCGCCCGGAUUCCCGCGGCGGCGCCGCUCAUGCCCCGGGGUGCAGGGCGCGCAGGUGGGCCGGCGGCCGCAGGGAGGUAGGCCCCCGGGGGACAGCGGCGGACCAUGGCGCGGAGACCCGGGGCGCCCGGAGCCUAUGGGGAGGAGUUCUCCUUCGUCAGCCCGCUGGUGAAAUACCUGCUCUUCUUCUUCAACAUGCUCUUCUGGGUGAUUUCCAUGGUAAUGGUGGCAGUGGGUGUCUAUGCCCGGCUGAUGAAACACGCGGAAGCAGCUUUGGCCUGCUUGGCGGUGGACCCUGCCAUCCUGCUGAUCGUGGUGGGUGUACUCAUGUUCCUUCUCACCUUCUGCGGCUGCAUUGGAUCCCUCCGCGAGAACAUCUGCCUCCUGCAGACGUUCUCACUCUGCCUCACCAUCGUGUUCCUGCUACAGCUGGCUGCUGGCGUCCUGGGCUUCGUCUUUUCAGACAAGGCUCGGGGGAAAGUGAGUGAGAUAAUCAACAACGCCAUUGUCCACUACCGAGAUGACCUGGACUUGCAGAAUCUCAUUGAUUUUGGGCAGAAGAAGUUCAGCUGCUGUGGAGGAAUUUCCUACAAGGACUGGUCUCAGAACAUGUACUUCAACUGCUCAGAGGACAACCCCAGCCGGGAGAGAUGUUCUGUGCCUUAUUCCUGUUGUUUGCCUACCCCCAAUCAGGCAGUGAUUAACACUAUGUGUGGCCAAGGUAUGCAGGCCCUUGAUUACUUGGAAGCAAGUAAAGUCAUCUACACCAAUGGCUGUAUCGACAAGUUGGUCAACUGGAUACACAGCAACCUGUUCUUACUUGGUGGUGUUGCCCUGGGCCUGGCCAUCCCCCAGCUGGUGGGAAUCCUGCUAUCCCAGAUUCUUGUCAAUCAAAUCAAAGAUCAGAUCAAGCUACAGCUCUACAACCAGCAGCAUCGGGCUGACCCAUGGUAUUGAGAAUCCAUCUAUAUCUCCUCACUAUGGCCACAAGCAAGCCUCAUCCAUCAACAGCACUGGGUGCUGAGAAUAGCACCUAAUGGCAAUUUGGGAUUCCAGCCCCCCAGCAAUGAUGACCCAGUGGGAAGAAGCAAAUUCCAGAUGGACAGAUGGCAGGGUACACAGGUGGCUUGAAUCUCUCCCCCAUCCUAGCCUUGAGCAUCAUCAAAGAAUUAUUUUCUGUUGUUUCUAACCUUAAGCAUUUGGAUUUAUGCUUUUAAGAUUUGUUGGGGCAGAGAUGUUUUGGAAACAGCAAUUGUAUGGAGAGUUGAGGGGGUACUAGCUGCUGCUUUUCCACUGAGGCACUACAGCCAACAGUUCUACUAGAGCUACCACUGAGCUUGGUGGACAUACUUAAGUGCUGCUGCCAGGGAGACCUGACUGUGGAAAGCAGUCACCAGCAGCCUUGCCUGAAGUCUAGUUGGCAGAAUUCCAGCUCCAGAAGGAAAGGGAGUAGAACAGGCAGAGGGGAGUAAGCCUCUGAUGGGGGUCGGCUGGGGACAGAGCUGUGUGCUCGGUAGGAAUAGAAGAGGAUAUGUUUACCAAAUGCCUGCCCUGCCAUCCUCCCAGGUAGUCAGAAUGAGCUACAUCCUGCCCCUCCCUUGUUUCCAUGGCAAUGUGGCAGCAAGCACAAGGGGGUACAACAGCAGCCAAAUUCAUCCCUACUCCCUUCGAAAAAAGUUUUAAACCAUGGCCCCUAUAUUCUGCAGUCAGCAAGUGGGACUGAGCCCUUGAAUUCCUCUCUGUCUGGCCCUCCCUCCAGCAAAGUAAGGUUUUCUUUAACUUGGCUGUAUACAGAGGAAUGGUCACACCCCUCACCUCCACUCCCCUGCACCCGACUGAACUCAGUGUUUCUCCAGUGUAGAAGCAGGACCCUUGCUGGGGCUGGGGGAGCCAGAAGUGGCAAUAAAAGUUUGUUGACCUGG